GGAGCAGGGACGGCGGGGUCGGUGGUCGCAUCCAGACUGUCGGAGGACAGGGCCCACAGCGUCCUGCUCUUGGAGGCUGGUUCGGAGGGAACGGGGAUCGGACAAGUCCCCGCCUUCCAGGGUAUCCUUUACGACACCCCCUUCGACUGGAAGUAUCGACCUCAAGCGCAGAAGUUCAGCUGCCAAGGACUGGAAGAGAAGGUAUGCAAAUGGAUUCGAGGGAAGAUCCUGGGAGGAACCAGCAUCCUGAGCGGUGGCUUCUACGUCCGCGGGAACAGGCGAGACUACGACAACUGGGCCGCGAUGGGAAACGAAGGCUGGGACUACGACAGCGUCCUCCCUUACUUCAAGCUGCACGAGGACAACCUCGACGGGGAUUUAACUACUGGGGAGAUUUUUUCACGCACAUCCCCGCACACCGUCAUACAUAUAGAACACCAGGCAUAUCUGGGGUUCGCCGAAGUCCAAGUGAUGAUGACGCAGAACGGAAGAAGACAGAGCGCAGCCGACGCCUUCGUAAGACCCGUCCUCCACCGGAAGAACCUCCACGUCUCGCUCAACUCCCACGUCCUCAAGGUGCUGAUCGACAGGAGGACGAAGACAGCCACAGGAGUGAAGUUUAUAGACAAGCUGGGUCAGCAGAGGACGAUUCGAGCCAGGCGAGAGGUGAUCCUCAGCGCCGGGACCAUCGCCACCCCGCAGCUCCUCAUGCUCUCGGGCGUCGGGCCCAAGGAGGAACUCGCCAGGCACGAUAUUCCUCUGAUCGCGGACCUGCCCGUGGGUGAGAACCUGCACGGACACACCGGCGUGUACGGGCUCACCUGGACGGUCCGGGACUUCUCGGGCUUCAAUUUCUUCCGGGACAUCGCGUUCAAUCCUCUGGAGUUCCUCCGGUGGUUCAUCUCAGGAAAAGAAUACAACACUAAAAGGACGUCGCUGACGUUAGACGAGGCGGCUCUGGAGGCGCGCAUCAGCUCUUGCCCCAGGCUGAAGAAUGCAUCAAAUCGAUGCACGAAAAAUAAGGCAUUCAAUCGGCUGCUGUCAGCAGUGUACGCGAGUGAGAAGCUUCAACAACGGGGAAUCCCAAUUGAAAGCCUUUGCCAUAAUUUUGCAUAUUACAAUUGUUUCGAGCACCAAACUGGCAAGAACCGGUCUGCUCAGAUAUACCGCAUAUUCAAGCCCCUCACGUUCCGCGACGGGUUCACGAUCGUCCCCAAUCUGCUUCGGCCUCGGAGUCGAGGCCGAGUGACGCUGAGGAGCGCGGACCCGCUCGACCAGCCGAGGAUCAUCACCAACGUCUUCAGGGAUCCGGUCGAUGUCGCCCUCACCGUCCAGGGCGAGUGUAUCAAGAAAGCGCUGGAGAUCGGGAACACCGAGGCGUACAGGAGGCACGGAGCGCAGUUCUUCCCCUACUCCCUCCCGGACUGCAGGGAUCGGGGGGUUUUCUCCGACCAGUAUUGGGAGUGCCAUGCCCGGUAUCUGACCUUCAACCUGUUUCAUGACGUGGGGACGGCGAAGAUGGGGCCGGCUGAUGAUCCGACCGCCGUUGUCGAUCCUCAGCUCAGACGCCAGUGGAAACUCCAAGAUCGCUUUGGCUUCAUUUGGUGCGUCUCCACGGGC